AUGAUAGCCGUUAUCGACAACCAAUUUCUCGGAGACCCUUCCAGUUUGCCUCAUUCCUGCCUACCGGCCAAAACUUCUCAAGAUAAAGUUGAACGUCUUGUGUAUAAAGAGUGCCGAAGACUGCGUCAGGAUAAAAGAAGCGCCGGUGUAAGCUCCCGUGUAGUUUGGCUGGAUAUUGAAGAUUUCAUUGAAGAAUGUGGAGAUGAAAAUGAAGAAGAGAAGAAGAAUAUGCUCCACUUCUUUCACAGAGACGGAUUCAGUUCUCGCCAAAGAACACUUAGGAGAGCCAUACGCUCGUUGGAAGAUCCUAGUUGCACUAUGGGUCAUAUCCCUCAAGGACACUCCGCGUUAUCUAAUGGAUCUCGCUUUCUGCAGUUCCAGAACCCUAAUCUGCAUAUGUAUUACUCAGUGGAAACAAUUGAGGUGCGUGGGUAUCAAUCCUAUCCUCAAAAGGUGCAAUAAUU